CGGGCAGGUGGGGCCGCCGCGGGGCGCCAGGUCGGGCCGGGAACCGAGGGGCGGGGGCCGACAGGGAAGUGGGCGGGAGCGGCGGCCGGAGUCGCGAGAGUCGCCGGCGUCCGCGGGGAGCUGAGCAAGUAGGACCCCGCGCGGGCCGGGCCGGGAUGAGCAAUGGCAUCGGUCAAGGUGGCCGUGAGGGUCCGGCCCCUGAAUCGCAGAUCUACUAAGUUGACUUCCAGAUCCACGAAGGGGCUGCAGCUGGCAGUUUGAAAAACACUGUCGCGAGGUUCAAAUGAGGGAAAAGGACUUGGAAGCCAAAUUCAUUAUACAAAUGGAGAAAAGCAAAACAACAAUCACAAACUUAAAGAUACCUGAAGGAGGGUCUGGGGACUCAGGGAGAGAACGGACCAAGACCUUCACUUACGACUUUUCUUUUUAUUCUGCUGAUACAAAAAGCCCAGAUUAUGUUUCACAAGAAAUGGUUUUCAGAACCCUUGGCACAGAUGUUGUGAAGUCUGCAUUUGAAGGUUAUAAUGCGUGUGUCUUUGCAUAUGGCCAGACUGGAUCGGGAAAGUCAUACACGAUGAUGGGAAACUCUGGCGAUUCUGGCUUAAUCCCUCGGAUAUGUGAAGGGCUCUUCAGUCGGAUAAGUGAAACCACCAGAUGGGAUGAAGCGUCUUUUCGAACUGAAGUCAGCUACUUAGAGAUUUAUAAUGAACGUGUGCGAGAUCUACUUAGGCGGAAGUCAUCCAAAACCUUCAAUUUAAGAGUCCGGGAGCAUCCAAAAGAAGGACCUUAUGUUGAGGAUUUAUCCAAACAUUUAGUACAGAAUUAUGGCGAUGUAGAAGAACUUAUGGAUGCAGGAAAUAUCAAUCGUACCACCGCAGCGACUGGGAUGAACGACGUCAGUAGCAGGUCUCAUGCCAUCUUCACCAUCAAGUUCACUCAGGCAAAAUUUGAUUCUGAAAUGCCGUGUGAAACCGUGAGUAAGAUCCACUUGGUCGAUCUUGCUGGAAGUGAGCGCGCCGAUGCCACUGGUGCCACGGGGGUCAGACUGAAGGAAGGGGGGAACAUUAACAAGUCCCUCGUGACUCUGGGCAAUGUCAUUUCUGCCUUAGCUGAUUUAUCUCAGGAUGCAGCCAACCCUUCUGCCAAGAAGAAGCAAGUUUUUGUGCCUUACAGGGAUUCUGUUUUGACGUGGUUGUUAAAAGAUAGUCUCGGAGGAAACUCUAAAACUAUCAUGAUUGCCACCAUUUCACCUGCUGAUGUCAAUUACGGAGAAACCCUAAGUACUCUUCGCUAUGCAAAUAGAGCCAAAAAUAUCAUCAACAAGCCUACCAUUAAUGAAGAUGCCAACGUCAAACUCAUCCGUGAGCUGCGAGCUGAAAUAGCCAGACUGAAAACGCUGCUUGCUCAAGGAAAUCAGAUUGCCCUUUUAGAUUCCCCCACAGCCUUAAGUAUGGAGGAAAAACUUCAGCAGAAUGAAGCAAGAGUUCAAGAAUUGACCAAGGAAUGGACAAAUAAGUGGAAUGAGACCCAAAAUAUUUUGAAAGAACAAACUCUAGCCCUUAGGAAAGAAGGGAUUGGAGUUGUUUUGGAUUCCGAGCUGCCCCAUUUGAUUGGCAUUGAUGAUGACCUUCUGAGUACUGGAAUUAUCUUAUAUCACUUGAAGGAAGGUCAGACAUAUGUUGGUAGAGAAGAUGCUUCAACAGAACAAGAUAUUGUUCUUCACGGUCUGGACUUGGAGAGUGAGCACUGUAUCUUUGAAAAUGCCGGGGGGACGGUGACUCUGAUACCCCUAAGUGGGUCUCAGUGCUCUGUGAAUGGUGUGCAGAUCGUGGAGGCCACACACCUAAAUCAAGGUGCCGUGAUACUCUUGGGAAGAACCAAUAUGUUUCGCUUUAACCAUCCGAAGGAGGCUGCCAAGCUCAGGGAGAAGAGGAAGAGUGGCCUUCUGUCCUCCUUCAGCUUGUCCAUGACCGACCUCUCGAAGUCCUGUGAGAACCUCUCCGCAGUCAUGUUAUACAACCCAGGACUCGAAUUUGAGCGGCAGCAGCGUGAAGAACUUGAAAAAUUGGAAAGCAAAAGGAAACUCAUAGAGGAAAUGGAGGAGAAGCAGAAAUCCGACAAGGCGGCGCUGGAGCGCAUGCAGCAGGAGGUGGAGAGCCAGCGCAAGGAGACGGAGAUCGUCCAGCGCCAGAUCCGCAAGCAGGAGGAGAGCCUCAAGCGCCGCAGCUUCCACAUCGAGAGCCGGCUCAAGGACCUGCUGGCGGAGAAGGAGCGGUUUGAAGAGGAAAGGCUGCGGGAGCAGCAGGAAAUGGAGCUGCAGAAGCAGCAGCAGGAAGAAGAGCGCUUCCUCCGGGUCAAAGAGGAGCUCCGGCGGCUGCAGGAACUCAACCACAGCGAGAAGGCCGAGAAGACGCAGAUAUUUGAAGAACUGGACCGGCUCAGAAGGGAAAAGGAGGAGCAGUGUGCCAAGCUGGAACUGGAAAAGAAGAGGCUGGAGGAGCAAGAAAAGGAGCAGGUCAUGCUCGUGGCCCAUCUGGAGGAGCAGCUACGGGAGAAGCAGGAGAUGAUCCGGCUCCUGCGGCGCGGAGAGGUGCAGCGGGUGGAGGAGGAGCGCAGAGACCUGGAGGGCAUCCGGGCGUCGCUGCUGCGGGUGAAGGAAGCCCGCGCCGAGGGCGAUGAGGACGGCGAGGAGCUGGAAAGGGCUCAGUUGCAUUUCUUAGAGUUCAAGAGGAGGCAGCUGGUCAAGCUAGCCAACUUGGAGAAGGACCUGGUGCAGCAGAAGGACCUUCUGAAAAAAGAAGUUGAAGAAGAACAGGAAACCCUAGAACGGUUAAAAUCGGAAAAUGAGGAGGACUCUAGGUUGUUGGGAAAAAAUGAUGAUGGUGUCACAUAUGUCCCCCAGGUGGCUCAAGAUUUAGGGAAAAUAAAGCCAGCAGAGUGUAGGCUGCAAUAUAAAGAGCGCCAGCUCCAGUACCUCCUGCAGAAUCAUCUGCCGACGCUGCUAGAGGAAAAGCAGAGAGCGUUUGAAAUCCUCGAUAGAGGCCCCCUGGGCUUAGACAACACUCUUUAUCAAGUAGAAAAAGAAAUGGAAGAAAAAGAAGAGCAGCUUGCCCAGUACCAAGCCAACGCGAGCCAGCUGCAGAAGCUCCAAGCCACCUUUGAAUUCACGGCCAACGUUGCCCGGCAGGAAGAAAAAGUGAGGAAAAAGGAAAAGGAGAUUCUGGAAUCGCGGGAGAAGCAGCAGCGGGAGGCGCUGGAGCGGGCCGUGGCCAGGCUGGAGAGGAGACACUCGGCCCUGCAGCGGCGCUCCACCCUGGGCCUGGAGAUCGAAGAGCAGAGGCAGAAGCUGGCCACCCUGAGCAGCAGUAGCAGCGAGCAGUCAGGGCUGCAGGCCAGCCUGGAAGCCGAGCAGGAGGCCCUGGAGAAGGACCGGGAGAGGUUGGAACAUGAAAUCCAGCAGUUGAAGCAGAAGAUCUAUGAAGUUGAUGGUGUUCAGAAAGGGCAUUUUGGUACCUUAGAGGAAAAGGCUGCUUCUUCCAGCUUGUCAUCCAACGCUGAAAAAUCUCACCUGGCUCCUCUGAUGGACGCCAGGGUCAGUGCUUACAUUGAAGAGGAAGUCCAAAGGCGUCUUCAGGAUUUGCGUCGUGUGAUUUGCAAUGACAGCAGUGUAUCUGCAGACAUGACGAAGAAUAAUGAGAAACUUCACAAUGGUACCAUUCAACGUAAGCUAAAAUAUGAGAAAGGGGGUCUUGCCCCGCUGCUGCCCAAAGAUGUUACUGACCCUUCCACCAGAGAGGAGAGGAGGGAGGUGGAUCAGAACAACCACCAGAGUGAUCCCAUGACUUGGAACAUCUCAGACUCUACAAUUUUCUCUUCAGCAUCAGGAGAGAGAGUCUACCACCCAAGGGAUCAGCCCUCAGCACCUGAGGCGCUGCAGAACAGUGAUUGCAAAUAUAGUUGUCCUGAGCACAUGGGUGGUUGUCGAACAAAAGGUUUCAGUCUAUCUAAAAUCUCUCCUCUUAAUGAAAACAACACCAGCAAUGCAGAACAUUUUCAGGUUAAAUCAGAAAAUUUCAGUGAGCUGAUGACUCAUAAAGAUGAACACAACUUGGAAAUUGAAUCCAGCUGGACUCUGCUGCAACAUACAUGCCGAGAAGUGUCUAUAAAUAGUGGGAACAAACAGACCAGGCAAAGCAAGUUACUCUAUUGUGUCUUCUCUGGAAGUGUUUCUAGUGAGGAGAGUGUAUCUGCCGGCAUUUUUCAGAGUUCACCAGCCUCAAAGUUGUGUAGUGAGCAGCACCCUGAGGAAGAGUUAGCUUCUGAAAAAGUUAGCCCUCCAGAGUCAUCGAUAAAUAUCAGGACAGAAGGGAACGGUGGGUUAGGAUAUUUUUACCACAGGUUCUCCAACCUUUAUAAAGGUACGAGCAGUCACCUGCUACAGGCUGGCACAAAGGUUAUCAGCCAAGCCAGGCAUGUGGGGAGUCUGUGGGACCCCAGUGGACUCACCUCCCAAGUAACAACAUUCAUCGGAAGACUGCCCUUGGUGAAGAACUUACCCCGGCAUCUGCCCUUGACGUCACACUGGGUAUCAUCAGAAUCUCAUUCUCUUCCUGCAGAAGAUCAGGUUGGCAGCCUCAGUGAGGAGGCAGGAGCCAUCAGGCCAGCAGGGAGCGUGGAGCCUUACAGAGUGCCAGGCCUCACAGCUGCAGAGGUACCAGGUUCCUCUCCAAGCUCAGUUGUCCGCCUGGAAUCUGAAGAAGCUGGAAGGAUCUCUGCAUUUAAGCAGACCCUUGUGCAAUUCCCAGAUCCAAUGCUGAAACUUCAAGAGUGCCCUUUAAAAGACUUUCUCCAGCAUGUGGCUUGUUUCCUACCAGGACUUCUGGUCGACAUGCAUAAGGUCAGAGGCAUUUACUGGCUUGCUGUUGCUAACUGCACAGAACCUGACCCCCAGCCAGCGUGUUUGCUCCUGCUUCCUUCAACUUUAUAUGCUUUAGUCCUGUCAGACACCCACCUGGGCUCCAUGGGCAUUUUUCAUGCUCUGUCUCUUACAGGACUACGGGAGAUUCAAAUCGGCUUUGGUGGGCAGAGCAUUCGAUUCCUGGGCUCUGCAGAGAGUCUCCUGCUCACUGUAUUUAGUUACAACAAAAAUCUCUGUCAACAAAUAUGCCGUGACCUUCUGUGUGUCCUGAUGCCCGAGUCUGACGCCACUGCCUGCUCAAGUCACCCUUUGCUCCAGCAAGAUCUGGUCCAGCUUUCUCUUGAUUGGAAAGCAGAAAUCCCUGAUUUAGUUUUGUCAAACGGAGUUUGGUUGUCAUCCAAAUUCCAGAAUACCAUGGUUGACAUGAUUUACUUUCUCCAUGGAAAUAUGGAAGUCAACAUCCCCUCUCUGGCAGAGGUUCAGCUACUGCUGUACACAACAGUCAGAGUUGAAGAUGAUUCUGGCCAAGACGAGUGUCAGUCACUGGUCCUUCUAAAUACCCACAUCGCCCUUGUGAAGGAAGAUCGAGUUUUCUAUCCACACGUUCGCUCUCUAAACACACCUCCUCCACGAACACAGUUUGAUGUCACCAGAUUUCGUGCUUUAAGUGAAUUCAGGUGCGUCGUUGUUCCAGAGAAGAGAACAUUACCAGCAGUCCAACUUCUCUUCUUUCAUAAACUAAAACUUCCAUCAGAUUCAAGAAAGAGUCUGUCUGAGCACCCAGGAUGCUCCCAAGACACCCCAAAUGUCCCGCUGCUCACCAGCCCAUUUUGUCUUCAGGGCAGUCGGCAUGUGGCCCCUGAGGUCUGGGAUCUGACCCUCAACUCUCAGGAUGAGGCUCUGUGGCUGAUCUCACAUUUGACAAGGCUCUAGGGAGGAGAACUUGUGAAAAUACUCUGCAUAUUCUUUGAAAUCUAUAAAGAACACAAUUAAAGCAGUCAGGGACUAUGAAGGUCUCAGUAGCUAACUGAUUUAAAACUGGAAAAAUGCAGACCUCUAAAAUGAAAGAUGCAAACAUAUUAAAUAUCUACAAUAAAAUAAAAAUAGGUUUUAGCAUACUAAUAAAAUACCCUUAUCACCUCCUUGCUUCAUUUUCUUGAACCUGUAAAUGUGGGUCUGCCUCAUUAUUUGUGAGGUGAUUAAAGCAUUUCAGAUUGUGUUCGGCUUAAUGUUAAGUUAUAGUAUGCUGGUGUGGAGUGGGUCUUUGCCUGCUGGAUUCUGUCAGACUAAUUUGCGCUGCCUGAAAAAGUGCCCCAUUUGUGAGUGGCUUUCAUGGACAUCCUCUGUUUUAGCUGUGAUUAGGACAGCUCUGUAACAGAGCACAUUGGUCAUUCAUU